AUGACUGGCAAGGUGCAAGAAAACAAGAACUGGAAAACCAAGGGCAAGAGCCAAGACGGCCUUUCCAAGGAAGAACGACAAAAGCGUUACGACAAGGAAGCAUGUCUCCGAUGCGGUGAAGUAGGACACUUCCGCAGAGACUGUCCAAGAAACAAAGUUAGGCAAGGUCAAGUCAAGAUUGGGAUAAUCAGGUGUGGAACACCUUACCCACAGAACAUAGAACCCGACGACACACUUAGCGACCUGGACUUGUAUGAGGAGGCACGACAGGAGUCGGACGAGGCCUUUGAGAUGGUACAAGAAGCCGUAGGAUUGAAAGACUUCAAGUGGGACGACCUACUACCAACGGACCACAGGGUUGAAGGGGCUGAAGUACAACGCCGCCUAAGAAACCAGCUGUGCUGGAUGUGCGGAGAUGCCACACACCAGGCCGAUGAUUGCGCUCUCGAAGAACGAAUCAUCAUCACGGGACCGAACUCUGAAGAGAUUGGAUAUCAAGCGGUUCACGAACAACCCAGCUUCAGAGACCCAGAAGCCGAGGUCGAGAAGAACGAACCUCGCACGUUCAAGGAACGGAUGGAGCAACAUGAGCGCCUGCAUUGGGUCGACUGUAACACACAGUGCGACUACCACCUAAGGAAACGUGAGGAAACUAGGGACAAUGAGGACGAUUGUUGCCAUACACAUUUGUGGUACAACGAGUGUCAAGUGGAUGGAUGCCACACCCACGAACGCGAAAAACAGCAAGCACAUUGGGAACUGUGUUGGUUCCAGUGCAAGGAGAACUGCGAUUACCACAAGGAGCAAAGGAGAAAUGCUCGCAAGGUAGACGACUUCUACCACAGCACGAUAUCAGCUCAGGAAUGCACGGCAAGGAAGUGUCGCAUGCACCGACGAGAAACACCAAGGGUGACAACGACGCGGAUGCAAGCAAUAUCAGCUGCGACAGCGGGACCGGUUCCCCACGAGUUCAUGCAUUGGUUCUUUUGCUACGACCACGCAUGCCAAGCACACCUUGACGCUAAGAUCAACAAUGGAUACUUUCCUAAGAAAAAAGGAAAGCAGUCAAAAAACUAG